AUGGCUGAUGCCCCGGUCCAAAUCUCCCCCGCUGGUCCUCUGAGGGAGAAAUAUGGAGAUGAUGAUAGUGAUAGCGAUCUAGGUAUAUUCACCGAUGCUUUAUCUUUCCAGGACGAUCCCGAAUCCACUUUUGCUGAUUACUCCGUUCUUGAAUCGGUUUUUCCUCAACUCAAGACUCAAAAACCAAACUUCUCUAGCACUGCUGUUCAAAUUCCAAAUAAAAUUCCUAUUAAUCUCGAAGCGCUCGAAGUUCAUCCCCAAUACACGCAACCUGAAGCCUCCACUUCUCCCAAUCCAAGGCGCAAAGAAGACGAAGAGGGCCUCGCGAAAGACCAACUCCCUCAAGAAUACGACUUCCACUCUAACCCCGGCGAUGGCUCAUCCAACUCCUCUCCACAAAGUAGCAGCUAUGGCUCCGGUUCGGCAAUCGAUAAUUUGAUCAAUAAGCAUAAGAAAACGUUAGCUACUGACGGAGACUCUAAAAAAGAACUCAAGAUUGAGGACCUAGUCCCGAUCGCUCCUCCCAUUGAUCCGAAGGUCAAAGAGAUUCUAUCUUCACUAGACUCCUUCGAUAUCUACAAUUUUAUGUGGCAGUUCAUCACCGACCUCUCCUUCACGGACCCAGAACGAAGACCUCACAUUGUUACUUCUCCCGCCCUCUCGGAUGGUUCAAUAGUAACUAUCCUCUCUGAGAUCUUGGAGUCUACCACUCUAGAAGAUGUUCUCGAUGGAUGGGCUUACAUCUGGGAGUUUGUCAUCGCCCCACGUCUCACUGAGGAUGAAGCGUCUGAAUUCGUUGAUGUCAAAAGCAACUACUUCGCCAUACCAACACGCCCUGCAGAAAGGAAAGGCAAAAAUGUUCAACGUACUAACGAGAGAGACGAAGACGGCCUCAUGUACUUCGAUGACCCUGAUUUCCAAUGGCCUUUGAAACCAACUGCAGAAUAUACGAAGCUCAAAAAGGAAGAGACAAAACGUAAGAAGGCUGAGAAGGCGGCGGAGAAGAUUCAAAAGAAGGAAGACAAUAUCAUGAAAUUUAAAGAAUUCCAUGCCUUCCUAGAUGCUAGCCUCCCGGAACAAAUCUCUCCUCGAACUCCAUGGGGUACCAUUGAAAGAAAAGUCGGUGACCCUAGUGAGCAGAAAACGGACGAUUCCGUGUCUAUUCCAGGUCCAUCAGGCGAAAUUACUAUUGCAUCCCAUCCCCAACAGCAUCGACCGGACAAACAUUUAGACCCCGCCACCGCUGUCUCAGAUUCUGAAACAGAUCCCCAAAAUUGUGCUAAACAUGAGGUACAUGACAAGAAGAGACAAAAACUUAAGGAGUCAGAUGGUAAUCGUAUGGAUAUCGAUAGUGAAUACGAGAGUACCAAAUUUUCUGGUGAAGCUUUCUUUCAGCCUGUCCACCAAGAUACAGCCAGAACUUCCACUGAGCCUACUUCUAACGCUGUAGAUCUUUCCCCGGGUCCAUUUGGGAUACCCGAGCCCCUUGAAAAGCAAGAAUCCGAUGAGGUUGCAAUCUCCAGAGUCGCAAAGCGUGCUUUUGGCCUCGAUGGGACUAGAUGUCUUGGUCUUUCUAGUAGCAAAGCUUUGGAUCCCUACGAUCUUAUAACUCUUAGUGAAGCGGUAAGACGUAUUGCGAGAGAGGCUGAUCAUAAGGCUAAUUGUCCUAAUGAGCAUUGA